AGCACAGUUUUAUAGGAAACCGCUAACUCGAGGGGUUGGGCACCGGCUGUCAUGAGGAGAAAGGUCUGUUGUGAAGCCAGCAAAAUGUCAACACGAUAAACAUUGAAGAAUCAGUACCAUACCUGUGAUGUUGUAAUAUACACAAGUACUGCAGAUGGAGAUGUAACGAAUAGUCACAGGACAUUAUCCAGAUAUCGGUGUGAGGCAACCAGACCGCCAUGACUCACAAGUAUGUGUUGGCAGCAAUCAAGAAGAAGGAUGUUGACAAGUUCUUCCAGCUGGUUGAUCUGCCAGGAUAUGAUGUGAACACAUCGGCAAAGGGUGUUACACCUCUUAUUGUGGCAGCCAAAGCAGGACUGUGUGUGGUGACAGAGAAAUUGGUCAGUAUGGGUGCUGACCUGAACGUGAGAGACAGCGAUGGGAGGACUGCGCUGCUGCAUGGUUGUCUGAACGGCAACAGUGACGUUGUCAGGCAGCUACUGUAUGCCGGCAGCGACACAAACAAUUGCACAGUGAAUGGUGACUUUGCCCUCCAUGAAUCCAUCACCAGUGGGGACACAGACACCGUCCAGACUCUGUUAGAAGCGGGCACUGACGUCAACAAGUCUAACUGCAUCUCCGGCUACACCCCCCUCAUGCUGGCACUGCUCAAUGGGUUCGGGGACAUUGUCCGCCUGCUGCUCCAAUACAAUGCCAACCUUAACCAGUCCAUCAUGGAAGGUGACACAGCUCUUCAUCUGGCUGUUCAGGUUGCUCCACCAGAUGUGAUCGCGGAUCUGAUCCUUGCUGGGUGUCACAUGGACAUUCUGAACAACAUGGGGGGAGACACCCCUCAUUGUGUCAGUGUACGAGGGCCGCAUCGAUGCUGCGCGCUUGUUGAUCCUCUCCGGCUGCUGCAUCGAUAAGUACGACUACUUCUCCCCACUCUGUGUCGCAUGUGUGCAAAACAAUGCCAUCAUGGUUCGAUAUCUCCUCUCUGAAGGUUACAACGUCAGCAAAGACAAUUCAGUGAAACAGAAUCUAUUUUUCAAAUUUGAGGACAACUACCCUGAACUUUUCUCCUUCAUAUUUGAGGAAAGAUGUGUGAAGCCCAUGAGCCUACGCGAGAUCGCACGGGUUCGCGUCCGUCGGUUACUAGGUCCUGACGUGUCCGGUCGUAUUUCACAACUGUCACUUCCUGGGAUCCUGAAGGAGUGGGUGGUACAGGAUGUGAUCUACUGAGUCCUGAAUCCAUCACCAUCAGUGUAGGGGUUAAUAUCAAAGACACUCAGACCUCUCCUCACACACUAUGAGCCUAUGCAAAUCGGACAGGUUUGCUUCCAUGGGUUACAGGAUCAGUGUAUGGGUGAAUAUCAAAGACACUCAGACCUCUCCUCACACACUAUAAGCCUAUGCGAGAUUGCAAGGGUUCGAGCCUGUCAUUUACUAGGCCUUGAUGUGUCU